AUGUCGGACCGGCUGCACUAUAAGAAACCUUUGGCAUUCAAUGAAUACGUGGAAAGUAUGCCUGAAGACUUCCGUAGAGCGCCGUUCGACAGAGUUUUGGACAGGGAUUGGGAUGGAGCGAGAAAGCCUUGGUACGACUUCGCGCAGACGGCGCACGUAAACGAUUUUAUGGACUAA